ACACAAGUGCAUGUGAAUCAUGUUCCUGACAAGCACAUAUCGGUGACGAACAUUGUUUUCGUGGUUUCAUUAUAGACUUGUUAAAUAAUAGUGGAAAUAUGAGUGCACCUAAAAAAAGUUAUGUGCCGUUUUUGAGACAGUGCUUCCUCACGGCGAGCGUGGCAGUCAACAUCACUGGUCACGGCUGUGUUAUCGGGUACUCGGCUAUUCUCAUCCCCAGUCUUAGAAGCUCAGAGUCACAUAUCAAGGCUACACCGAGUCAGGAGUCAUGGAUAGCGUCCAUCAUCGGCUUUGCUCUAAUUAUGGGCAACGUCAUCGUUACCCCGCUCAUGGAUUUGAUUGGAAGAAAGAAAUGCCACAUCAUCUCCUGCAUACCUGUCUUAGCAGGAUGGUUCCUGUUACUCCUCGCUGAUAGCGUCCAAGCCAUAAUCCUGGCUAGGUUCCUACAAGGCGUGUCCAUGGGAUUACUUGGACCUUUAGGGUCAAUUAUAAUAAGUGAAAUGACGGACCCAAAGAAUAGAGGAGCGUUUUUGACUUGCGUUUCAUUAUCGUUGACCUGCGGAGUCAUGUUUACGCAUACCAUUGGGACUAUCUUGAGCUGGCAACAGACAGCCUUACUCUGCUCUUUCUUAACGUUUAUUAGUCUGAACAUGAUCAUAUUCACUACAGAAACACCAUCAUGGCUGAUAGCUAAAGGAAAAUAUAAAGAAAGCAGGGAAGUAUUCUUUUAUCUGCGCGGUGAAGGGCCUGAUCAAGAAGAUGAGCUAGAACAUAUGAUCUCAGCUCAGAAAAUGGUUCGGAAAUCCAGCGUUGUUGGUCAGAAACUGUCAUUUUGUACGAAAACUGGAAGAAUGUUCAGAUACCUUGGAAACUCUUUCAGAAAACCAGAAUUUUAUAAGCCUGUGGCUAUCAUGUUCCACUUAUACACGUUAUUCCAAUUCGCUGGUAUCAACGUCAUCAGUUCAUACGCCAUGGAUAUUAUUGGACAACUAGUAGGCCCUGAAGCGAAUGCGCCUCUCCUCAUGGUCCUCCUAGAUUGUCAAAGACUCUUAUGCAACAUCUUAGCUGUGUUUGUAAUGCAGAAAUGCAACCGAAGAACUGUUCUCUUUACCACGGGAUUCAUAUGCGUUACUGCGUAUUUAAGUAAGGGCACAUACGUGCUAGCGAAGCAAAAUGAUUGGCUACCCAGUUAUUUACAAAAUCAAUAUGUUCCUAUAUUAUUAAUAGCUGUGUACAUGUUUUCUCUUACCGUUGGCAUAUCAUCAGUUCCAUUUGCGAUUUCUGGGGAGAUAUUUCCCUUAGAAUACAGAGGUUUGGGAGGUGGUAUAGGGACCCUGCCUUUGUCUCUAAAUUUCUUUGUGGCUGUGAAGUGUUUCCCAGUUCUGACUGGAGCUAUAGGUCUUCCAUACGCGUAUUACGUGUACGGUGGUGUAGUUUUGUACUGUUUGAUUAUUUUAUGGUUUAUUCUUCCUGAGACCAAGGGCAGGACUCUUCAGGAGAUCGAGGAUGAGUUGAGAGGAAAGACCGUGCGGGAUGAGAGAAGAGAGUCGGAACCUUUGAACGGCAAGAUGCUGAUGCGACGGUACAGCUCACAAAUCAUCAUUCAUUAAGACUUGACUGAUCUAGAAGGUCUCUUUAGCAAAAUGUCU